AUGAAGAAGCGGCGGCCUCAGCGGAUGAGAGGGUUUGGAGCAAAGCUCGACGGUGAUGUCACAGUACGGCGCUUUGUGGCACCACAGUUGCGCACAACUACCGCCAUACGUCGUGGGGAGAUGCUGGAGCCGAUUGGGGAGGUGGCAAUGCGUGUUGGCGUGGAUGCCGCAACGGUUGAGGGAUUGGUGGAUGCACAAGGCCUUGCACUUUUUGGUAAAUUGCAGCACGGAGCGGAGGUGUUUCUUGCAGGAGCCGUGGCUGAGAGAAGCGAUAAACAUAACAGCAACUGCGAUGAUAGCGGUGGGAUGCUCUCCUUGCAACCCCCAGAUGCAUCGGUGAUUUGGGCGUACGAUUCACGCAUGUUGCUCCAUGUGCCGCCUAUUGAUCGUAUACCAGAGACGCCAUAUCGCUUGCAGCGGGC